AUAUGUAUACAUAUAUAUAGGUAUAUAUUAUAUAUAUAUGGAGCUAGAUAGUAGACCGUCGUAAAUAUGUGGUGUCAGACUAACCAUGCUAAAACGUAUUAAUUCUUGUUAACUGUCGUAAGAAUUUAGGCUCGCCCACACGAUUGAAAGAUGGUCUCGAUCAUAAAAAAUCAGCUGCUGAAACAUCUGUCAAGGUUCACCAAGAAUUUAUCUGCUGAUAAGAUAAAUUUAAGCACAUUCAAAGGUGAAGGAGAGCUAUCAAACUUGGAACUUGACGAAAUAGUCCUCACAGAUUUACUAGAGCUGCCAUCGUGGUUAAGACUAACUAAUGCUUGGUGCAAUAAAGUUUCAUUUCGUAUACAAUGGACCAAACUGAAAAGUGUUCCUAUCUUUUUGAGUUUGGAUGAGGUUCACAUAGAUGUAGAAACAUGUGAGGAUUUGAGAAGCAUGUCUUCCCCACAAGGUAUAUCAUCAUAUGCUGGUCCUGCAAAGUAUUCUUUUAUACAUAAAGUAAUUGAUGGAAUAACAGUAGCUGUUAAUACUGUGCUAGUUACAUUUAAAAGUCCUGCGUUCAUUGCCUCAGUUCAGAUGAAUCGGAUUAUGGUAGAAUCCAAAUCAGCAACAUGGCAGCGUUGUGAUCUCAGAACUACUAGAGUAAAGGAUCCGGAUCGAGGGCAGUUACUUAUUUUUAAAGAAUUAGAAUGGCAGACUGUUAGAAUAGAAGCUCAAAGUACUAAGGAUCAUAAUUUGACGCCACUUCGUUUACUUACAAACCAAGCAAGAUGCCGAAUUACAAUAAAAAAGAGAAUAUCAGAUUGUUUUGUUAUGGGCUCCAGGCUAGUUAUUAUUCUGGAUGAUCUUCUAUGGGUAUUGACAGACUCGCAAUUGAAAGCUGCGCUCCAUUUUCUCGAUUCUUUAGGUGGUCUUAUCGAAAAAGCCACUGUACUCGAACGAAAAACAAAAGCUGCAAGAAAAUUAGAGGUUUUACCAGAAUACCAAGCACAGAUAUCUCAACAAAGCAGAACAAAAAAUCAAUAUAAUACACCGAUUUCAAAAAUAUUUACGAGGUAUGAUGUUGUAGAGACGUCAUAUCAUUUUCUUUCGCAACGCAUCGAUCUUCAUUUAUGUGAUGAUGCUGGUGGGGGCAGAUCACUACAUCCGGAUUUGAAGGAUGGUGGUGCAUUGCAAAUUUCAUUAGUUAGAUUUCAAAUUGAUUAUUAUCCAUAUCAUCUUGCAAUGGCGGACAGAAAGCAUUGGGCCAAAUACAAAGAAAAUGCCACACCUCAUAACCAAUGGUUGCAGCAAUCGUUGAGCUCGUUUCGAAGUCAAUUUAUGGAUCUUAUAGAUUCUGGGAGAACACAGCAUUCUCCUUUAACGAGAAGUCAAGGAAACGUAACAAGUACCGGUAUGAAAGGUUCCAAAGAACAUUUGGAGAAGAAUAAUCAACCACAAAAUCCAAAUGUAACACCAUCCGAGCAAAAAAAGUCCCAACAUCCUAGUGGUAAUCCUGUGAAAAACUAUGUCUUGGAACAGCUUGCCAAAUUAAUGACGACGUGCAUUAUUAUUAGAAUCGAUGAUUUUACCUUAUACAAAGUGACAACAACGUCGCGUAAUCCAUUGCCAAAAGAAUUUAUUUCAGCUCAAACCAGGAAAAAACAUACACCAGGUGAUCGUGACAGAUUUAGUCUUCCAGAAGACGUAACAAUACUUCAUGCUGAGUUUACUUAUUAUUAUUAUCCAGGGGAUAUUACUUUUCCCUUGCCGCCGCCCAAAUUUUAUGUACAGCUUAAUCCUAUUCAAAUAAAUUUCGAUGUCUGCUCGUGCCUUUGGUUUAAUUCUUUUGCAUUGAAUCUUUAUCAUUCUCUUAUGGAAAAGGACAAACAGCUGAGUUCUUCGCGUUUAAUGUAUUUUGAUGUAAAGAUAGAGGCUAUACUUCCAAGGAUAGUCUUUGAAAGUCAACAAGAUUACCCAAAUCAGAAAGACAGACCCAAGUCUUUGCAUCUUCAAACCUCCAGAGCAUCUAUAACGAAUGUUCGAUCAACAGAAAGAUCUUCGAGGGCGGAUUUGGCACAGUGUCUCAAUGCAUUUCAGAUGGGACAAAUGUUCUUUGGUGCAGAGUUUCCCAGUAAAUCGGGAGAUUUUCAUGUAGUAACGGAUAAAUUUCUAGUGCAUUGUGCAGGCACUGAUAAUAUUAGGCAAAUACCGCCUAAUUUUAGUAGUAAUUCUGUAAACGAGUUGCUUCGUCAGCUGAACAGAGAGCUCUUAUGGACAGAGGCCAAGGACGUGUGGUGUUGCAAUUUGGAACCUGUUUGGGGAGAUUUUUUCGGAGCACGAGCUGUUGGUCAAAAUCGGCCAGUGCCGUUUUUAGAUGCAUUUCCUCUGACAUUGUGGUGCCAUUUUACCGCAGACUCGUUAUCAGCCACUAAAAAGCCUUCGGCCGCCGAUAUUCAUGGGCUGGCAUAUAUAAGCAAUCUAGUUAGCGUACAGAUAAAUCAUUAUCAAUAUUUGUUCUUACUUAGAUUGUCGGAGAUACUCUCCGAGAUGGCUACGUACUUGGCUGUGGAUUCAAAUAAGAUUCUGAAAGUUGAAAGCGGCGGAUCGCUGAUCAUAGGGGCGUUGAUACCGCAGGUGGAAGUGACAUUUGUAAUGCCGUCGCACACACCUGGUAAAGAGAAUUCUGGUGGUGAUUUAGAAUCCGUAGUGCCUGACACGUCCAGCAUAGCAGACGAUUUUGUCGGCUCGUCCACGGUCUGGCAUACUAGUACGAUGAGCGCACGCGUCGACUUUAGCGCCAAGAGAAUGAACACGAGCAACGACGUGGAGACACCUCAGAGUGAGGCAUCGUCGAUGCUGUCGAUGGAUUAUUCACAUUCCGUUCCUACUCAGCCAGUCGUCACUUUUAAACAAAACGGCACAAAGAAGAGUGACCAGGAGGGCCCAACAAAUGCGAUAUGGUGCAUUCCUGAAAGUUGCGGGCCACAGUACGUUAUCGGCAAUACGAGCGACGAAAAGAAACAUACGUCAGAAACUACGCAUAAGCACAACAAGUCUGACUCGAAUACACCCUUCAUCCCGAAUAAUUUCAAUGUCAAUCUUUCGUCUAUGAAAAAGGGUUUCAGCAAUCUUAUGACGUCGAUUGACUCUGCUUUAAAAGCCUCUCCGGAAGAUGGUAGUAGCGAUACGGUAUCUAUGAGAAGUGAUGUUAGCUCGGACAGCGAGAAUUAUGUUUUAGUAAGCCUUCAAGAUCAAGGAAAGAUUGACGCGGUAUUUGGUAUUGAUAAUUCAAUUAGGAUAACGGCCGUGGAAGAAGCGACUGAAGUUGUGGAAGAGACGCCGGACACGCAAAGUGAAAAAUCUAUGGACAGCGUAUGCAAAAGGAAGGAUAUAGUUUCCAUGGCAACUUUCAAGCUUUCGAAAGUCGAAUUUAUACAACAGUCCUAUGAUUAUUCUUCUGUCAUUAAGAUUCAAGUUUCUAAUGUUGACAAUGAUGAGUGUUCCUCUAUUCCUUGGGAUGAAUUUCAGACCAAGUUCAGUUCGCGAUCUCGAGGCUGGACAGAAUUACCGUCCGAUUCUGACUGUAGAUCGCGUAUUAAACUACGUUUGGAUCACAGCUUGAAAAAUCCAGAAGAUUCUCGUACAUUAUCGGAUGCCAGUCAAAAAGUCAGCGACAAUAAUAGGCUAGCAUCUCAAGACCGCGCUAGAUUGUCUGAGCAAGAAACAUCGCGUACAUUCAUCAAUAUGUAUGAUAAAGAAAGCGUUAUGAAUUUAUUUGAGGAUAAGUUAGAGAUUAGAGUCGCUAAUGUAGAAAUGGCGUUGUCGAUGAGCUCGGUGACAGGUUUAGCAGAUUUGGCAGAAGAUGAGAUCAUACCUAAACCAAUUCCUAUGCAGAUAUACUUAGAAAAUAUAUCGUUGCGUUUAAAUGAAGAUCGUCCGCCAAAUAACAUAACUUCCCCAGGCCCGAUUCCGAUAGAUUUCAAUAUUUCCAAACUCAGGAUAGCGCGGGACAUCAACGGCGUAUUUCACAUCGAACCCGUUGUAACUACAGUAGAUGAAAAUCGUCCAAAUACAGCAUUAUCGAGUGACAACAGUUACCUGCUUAAGAAUGCGGAAUGCGAGAGGGAAUUGAAAGCUCUAAGACAAUCCAGUAAGGAAUUGAAAUUGGAUAAUGAAGAACUGAGACGUCGUAUGGGUGCUUUGGAGAGAUUGUCAGAAGAAAAUGCGAGAUUAAUGCGCAUAAAGGAGGAAUCGGAUAUAAUAAGAUCUCGUUUGAAUGCCGCGGAAGACGAUAUUGCGAGUCUUUUAGAAGAGAAGAGACUCUUACACGAAACUAUUUCGGAGCUGCGAAAUCAAAGACUGGAAGACGGUCCUGGAGGUAGUAAUAGAGCUUCAUGGUCUAUUAAAAGAUAGCACACCAGUUGUUUUGAUUGCUCCAAAUGUUGUAGUUCUAAUAAGUCUUAAUUAUUUAUAGUUUCUAUAAAUAAUUACGCAAAAAACAUUUUUUACUUUAGGCUGUCUCUAUGUAGAGCAAAGAGACUUGGUUUAUUUAAAUAGAAUGUUUAUUGUGUUAAUGCUAUAAUUUUUAGCUUUAUACGUUUUCAACUUUACGAAUUAAUAAGGAUUAAAAUGAGUUUCAUUUUUUUGAAACACUAUAAAAUCUAUAACUAUUUCUUAAGAUAUCUUAUUCUCGUCUGCCGUAAUUAUGCUAGUAACUGCCGUUUAGGUCUUUUGCUUAUAAUGUAAAACACAAUGAUAAGAAUCAUAUAGAUGCGCAUACAACGUAUGCAAACUUAAAUGAAAAAUAUCAAUUUUCUUACCGUGAUUUAAUACAAGGCGAUAAUGAACUAUAAUAUUAAUCUGUGUUUUCUGUAUUUUACUGCAAAAUUAGUAAUUUAUCGUACGAAUUUUUGAUAAGUGAUAAUUCGCUUGUGUAUCGACUCUUUAUGAAUAAUGUGAUUGAAAGUUGUGUAUGAUCGUAUUUAUUGUAUUAUGCAUUAUUUUGGUAUAAUCGUGUAUGUAUAGAUAAGUAAUAAAUAUUUUGUUAUUUAUCUAUAUAUACAUACUUAUACAGUAUACAUAUCCUUCCGAAAACAAAGUAAUAGUCUUAAAAUAUGAUAAAAAUGUAGAUAAAUCAUGUAAACAAUUUGUUUAGAGUUGGUUUAGUAUCUAUGUUAAUAAAUGUGGUUUUUCUCAUUUUUUUGCAUUUUAAGACGGAAAUUGAAAUCUAUUUGAACAGUACUUGCAUAUUUGCAUGUGUGUGCAAUAUAUUCAAAGUAUACUUGUCUCAGGAUUUUAGGAAGAUGUAUAUGUACAUGUACGGAAUAAGCAAGUGCAAUAGUCAAUCCAUUAUAAUUUAAAUAUAUCGAGAUUGAUUUUACAAUUGAUUAUAUUUUUAUAUUUUGUUUUCCACGGACAUUACGGUUUGUAAGAGCAUACUGCAAAGCACGAUGAUUUAACAGAUGAUUGUAAUUUAAUAAUAUAUGAUAGUUGAGCCUAUGGAUAGAUUAAAAAUGGGAAUUGUGUGAUCUAGUGGUAUUAUAUCAUAUAAUUUUAUAUUGACUGAUUUAAUUAUUCAUCGAAUGAAAUUUAUAAAUAAUAAUAGUUACGUGAUUUGAAACGCGUUUCAAUAAGACUGUAUAAAAUUCGGAGAUAUUGGUCUACAGUAGUCGCUCUAGAAUCUCUCAGAUAAUUUAUAUGAAAGUCAGAAACGAAAUUGAUUUGGUGAAUUUUUAAAGGAAGCGAAUUGUAAUAUGAUGGAUUACAAAUAAUGAUCUUUUUACUACAUCUUUUUUGGUUUACACUUAAUCCUGAUAAUAGCUUCCUUAGAGUUUUAUUUCGAUAGAUUUAAUUUCUAUAACGGAUUGCUGGUCAAUCCUACAUAAAUGGAAGGUAUUUUUUUAGUGCGACGAAUACAAGAUGUAAUUAAAAUUUGUUUUCUAAUGUAAAUUUCUGCUCUUAAUAUACAUAUUUCAUGUAUUGUAGAUAUACCAUUUAGAUAGAUUUCCAUUUAGAUGAGACUUUGAACGGUGCGUUCUCUCGGCAAAUAUUUUCUAAUAAACAAAUACAAAUAUCGUGAUCAUGUAUCUAUGUGGUGAUGUAAUUGCUUAGAAAGUGCAAUAAGAUGUAGUUAUGUAUAAUAUUUAACUAAUGAACGCAAUGACUGAAAAAAGCGUAAAGAAGGUAGGCUUAGAAAGAUAGAGAGAAAUAGAGAGAGAGAGAGAGAGAGAGAGAAGUGAAAGGUAAUGGUUGAAAUUUUUGUUAUUUUCAGAUAUACAGAUAAGCUUUUUAUAAUGCACAUAUCAUACCUAUAAUGAAGGAUUUGCUUAUAUGUACAAUACAUUUAUAUGGUCUGAUAACGUUUUAUAUUGCAGGAAUAAUUUUCCUUGCAGUUUAAUUGUAUCAAUGUCUUUUUAUCAUUCAAGUCUGAGUUAGAUCAACUUCCUAAAGUUUGCUCAUAGUUCUUUUCUUGGUGAAUUAAUUAUUUUACGAAACAUGUUUGGUAUUAAUUAAUAUUAAAUGGUAUUAAUUAAUAUUAACACCGAAAAUGUUUUUAUUCUAUAUUAGAAUAUUACACUAAAGUCAUGUCUGUUUUUAAUCAUUAGAGUUGUACAAUAAAUAUCUAUAUCUUACAUACAUUUUUAUGUAAUAUAAUUUUAGUAUUAUUUUUUAAUAUAUAAUUUUUUAUAUUAUAUAUUUUGCAAAUAUAAAUAAAGAAUUUUUUAUUUCUUUCUUCCAUUUUUUUAAAGGUUUUAGUAAUAUAUACCCAAUAUAUAUAUUUAAAAAAAACGAAAAGACUUAUAAUCUUCUAGAGAUAUCGAGGGAAAACAUUCUAUAAUCUUAUUAUCCAAUUAGCCGCAAUGUAAUGUGCUAUGUAGUUGUAUAUUGAAUAUAAUUGUUUCUAACGGUGCAAAGCUUGAAUUCUUCCUUUUUAUAUAUUUUAAGUUCUUAUUUAUAUUACAUAUAUAACACAUUUUGUUAUAUUACUAAUUACCUAUUACAUUACAUACAAAUUUUAGGAAGUUGAAGAUGAAUAAAUCGUAUAAGAAAAUCGAUAAUAUUAUACUUUGGUAGAAUACCUUUAUAAUUUAUAAUUAUUUAGGUUUUUCAAUAUUUACAUAGUUCAAUAUUUAGACGAUUUAUAAUUACUUUAGAUAGUUAUUAUUCUUAUAAAACUUUUAUAUUGUUAUCCGAUUUUAGACAUUGUUAAUUUUAUUUUGGCCAUGUGUAUUGGAUUGAUAACAUGUUUUACCAUUGUCAAUGGGCAAGAGUUUUGGAGGCGCAUUUAAUUCCACUUACAUAACUUUGUAUUAGUUAAUCUAGUUAGUAAGUACCAAAAAGAUGUUGCAUAUAUAAAUACAUAUAUACAUAUAUACAUAUAUACAUAUAUAUAUAUAUAUAUAUAUAUAUAUAUAUAUAUAUAUUGUAUAUAUAAAGAAGGGAGAACAGUCAUGCCAUUUAGUGCAUGAGCGACGGUCCCAUUUCGUAAAUUCAUAUCGUAUAUCAACGGUCAUGUGACACAUUGUCCGAAGUAACGAUGCAGCCAUAGUUUACGAAAUGAACCUAUUUUAUAUAUUAGCAGAAAUAUAGUAUAUAUAUUUGAAAAUAUCGUCAUUUCCAAAUAUCAAAGUGCUAAAGAUUCGAAGAGUGGGUUGUGCGAUUUCAACAUUCAUUUAUGCGGAGAGAGCACAAAUGAAUCAACGUAUGCUUUGCCACGUUCGCUUUCUCCGUAGCUUUUGUUGUGAAACGUUACAGUUACUAGAUAAUUUUAAUAGGAUAAAUGACAUUGAGGAUAUGCCAAUAUGUUCAGUGUAACACCUGAAUUAUUAUAGCUUGAUUUUAAUAUAGUAAAUGUAGUAUACUUUGUCGAAAUAUAUUAUUUUAUCAACUGUAUAUUUCAGCAAUGUUAAAAUAAAAUUUUAUUAUGUAAUCAAUA